CAAUUAUUUCUAUGGAAACUGGAGCAUGGAUGACUACUGUUGUUCUUAGCACUGGAUAAACAGUGAAUGAAAUGUCUAAACUGAUGUUUAUUUCAUAGUAUUACAUUUGAAUGAGAGAUGUUGGCUGAGGUUCCAGGGAACCCUCUAAGCUCUGGCCUCCUCUGGACAGCCACCCGUGGUAAAGAUGAAAAGCGCCCAGGCCUAACCCUACAGCGGUCUGGGGAUGCCCAGAGGAAGAUGCCCUCGCAGCGUUGCUGCUUCCUCGGGGUAGAGACCUGGGAAGAGCUGAAGUGGGAGGACUGGGAGCUGGGAGGGGAGUUCACUAAGACCCUGCUGCUGAAGAACAUCCAUAGUAAACUACAGAAACUACGUUUCAGGCCUCCUGCGUCAAAGUUCUUCACCACCCUGUUUCCUCAGAUCAUCACUCUGAGUCCUGGAACGUCUUUUUCUCUUCCUGUUACAUUCCGCCCCCUUGAUAGGUGUGAGUACCAGGACACCAUAGAGUUCCACAGUAAAGAUGGGUUGUUCCAGGUGUCUCUGAGGGCGACCAUACCUCACCAUGCUCUGGACGUACCCGAGUCUGUCCUCCUACCCCCCUGUGCUGUUCUCCACCAAUCACAGACCGUCUUCAUGUUCCGCAACGCCAGUAAGCUACAGACAGGUUUCCGGUGGGAGGUGCCCUCUCCGUUCCAGCUGUGUCCAGAGAGCGGAAUGCUGGAGCCGGGUCAGGAGUGUAGAGUCGCGGUGCUCUUCAGACCACGGGAGGCGUUGGUCUACCAGGUCCAGGCUAGCUGUGCCUUCGGGGACGAGGGAGAGAACAGCUGUACUGUGCUCCUACAGGGCCUAUCAAAGUACCCGUUCCUUCAGAUCAGUGCCCCGGGUCAGGAGGAGGGAUGUAAGGUGCUGGAAUUUGGCAAUGUGCCUGUCGGCUGCAACAUGGAAAGACACUUUGAGAUUCUCAAUCCAUCCUCAAUAACGACUUCCUUUAGUCUGUCCAGGAUGCAGCGUCCGCCGCUGUCAGAGUCAGUGUUCCAGUGUGGUAUCCAGAAGGGAGAGGUGGCUCCGCGUACCUCCAUCAGGGUGCCUGUGAUUUUCUCUCCUGGAACUGUGGACAGCACCACUGUGGACUACCUGUCACUCACCUGCCCCGGGGCGCUCAGCAAAACCCUGCUCAAAGUCACCGGCACCUGCAUAGGUCCUCAGGUGUCCCUGUCCUCCUCCAUGCUGGACUUUGGCUGUGUGGAUGAGGGUGAGGAGGCCUUGCGUACCGUGGACAUCAUCAACUCCUCCUCUGUGGAGGCCCAGUACCAGUUUGACUUGGACGCCACAGGGCAUAGUGUCUUCACCUUGGAGCCAGCCUGUGGUACCCUGCCACCCAACAGCCACCGGCGCCUACGCCUGCUCUUCAGACCACACCACCCCAUGGGACAUCACAGGAGGGUGGUCUGUCUGCUGCUACACAGGGAGCCUCUGUUCCUGGACCUGAUAGGGACCUGUCACUCUGAGCAACUGAAACCAGCCAUCCUUCACCCCAGACACCUGGUCCUGUACCGGCAGCACCUGGCCCGGGGACUCACCUGCUACCCUCCUGAUGUACUCGGUGCCAUGCUGGCAGAGGACAAGAUCCAAGUGGACCUGGAGGGAGCUCUGAUGUUACAAGAGGAUCCUGCUGCUGUGCCAGAGAAGAGUCCUAUGGAGGAAUAUUAUCAAGGCUGUGCAGGGGGCAAGGCGGAGGCUGAGCUAGGAGGCAGAGGUGAGGGGUCCAACAGUUCCCACAUCACAGUGGAUCCCCCAGAGUUGCUGUUCCACAAUGGCUCCGUCUCUACCUCGCAGUCUGUGACUCUCUCCAAUCACACCAAGGGCAAGCUCAGCUUGAUCUGGACCCCGGCUCCUAACUCCUCCUUCUCCGUCACACCCUCGUCAUGUGAUCUGGGACCCCUGAAGUCGACUGCUUUCAGAGUCAGCUACACGCCCAAGCAACACAACACCUUCCAUGGGGCACAGCUAGAGUGCUUCGCUCUCUACAAGGUGUUGAGGGACCAUCGGCAGGUAGAGGACCGUACCUUGUGCCCUCCCUGGUGUGUCACAGUCCGGGUCAUUGGACACUCCUUCCAGCCUGGCCGGGAGCACUUCAUCCCCCGGUUCUCCUUGCAGCGCCCCCGAGUGGUCUUCCCUGCUCUGAGCCUGGUCUCCUACAGGACCGUGCUCCUGGAGAACAUGGGAGACCUACCCUUGGUGUUCAGGCUGGACCCAGAGGAGUGUCCUUCGGUGUCUGUUCAGCCCACCAGCGGCCUGGUCCAACCUGGACACCACCAGAUUCUCACCCUCAGGACCACCCCGGCAGAAGACUGCCCUGCCAAGCUACCCAUCACCCUGCACUUCAAUGCCAGUCCCAAGCACACCCAGGAGCUGUCGGUGGUGAGUGUGGUAGAGAAGCCUUGUCUGUCUCUGGAAGGAGACGGUAGUCUGUUCUUCAAACCCACGGCGAUGGGCUCCCGCUCCCAAAGCCCCUACAGGGUCAGGAACCUGACCAGGUUACCUCUGAGGUUCCGCUGGAGGAUCCCCGUACCUGACCAACGUAUCAUCUCUGUGGCGCCUGACACGGGAGUCCUGCAGCCCAAUGAGACCAUGGUGCAGACGUGGUCCUUCACCCCAUUUGAGGAAAUGGUUUACAAUCUGAAGCCCAACCUGACCUUCUGGCCAAUCCAGACGCCCGGAUGCAGGAAGUCCCGCCUCCCCCUGAAAGUAGUGGGCAUGGCCUCCAAAGGAUCCAUCCAGGCAGAGCAUGGGGUGCUGAAUCUGGGGGAGGUGUUGGUGGGAGACUGUAGGUCCUUCGAGGUGCCUCUCAUCAACAAUGGUUCCUGUUCUGUCAGCUUCUGUUUGGCUGUACAACAGAGCCUGCUAGACCCGGGGUUGCCUGAGAACUCACAGAAGAAAGACCCUGUUGCCCUGGAGCUGGACUCUGAGAGAGGCACCAUCCCAGCUCGCUCCAGGCUGCUGAUCCGCUCCACCGUGAGGCCUGCCAGGAGGACCAGAUACUGCUGGGACCUCACAUACCAGACACUCAGCUCUGCAGGCUCUGUGCUGGAUGCUCCCCAGGCUCUGUGCCAGGUGCAGGGUGAAGGGGUGUUCCCCACCCUGGAGGUGACAGAUGUGCGUUGCAGCGGCAGCGUGGAGGGGCUCAGCAAGCUGCAGAUCUGGAGCCUCUUUUCUCUGGGACACCUCAACGCCCACCUGCAGCGAGACCCCGCCCCUCCGGAGCUCACCUACCGGGUGCCCACCAGACACAGUCUGCGUCGCUGUCCCUCCAUCUUCACGGCGGCCAUGUUGGAUUUCAACUUCAGCGCUGCUCCGCUGGGCUCAGACCCCUCCAAUGUGCUGCUGAUGUUCGAGAACACUGGGAGCAUCCCUGUCGAGUGGUCGUUCCUGUUCCCAGAAGACCAACAGAUAGAGCUUGAGUACUGGGCUGAGACUGGGGAGUUCAGCGCUACAGAGCUCCACCACAUGAAGGCGCAGGAUAACAGGCUGUUUAAUAUAGCACCCCGCUCUGGUAAACUACACCCAGGACAGCAGAAGGCAGUGACAUUUAGCUACAGACAUAACUUUGUUGGUACUGACCGUCUCCCAGUCCUGUUCAAGCUGUCCCACGGCAGAGAGAUUCUGUUGAACUUCAUGGGAGUGACGGUGGAGAGAGACAGACACUACCUCCACUUCACCUGCACCAAGCACGUCUUUGCCCCAGUGCCAAUCGGGGGGUUCAGUCCACCUAAACAGGUGUAUGAGCUGUACAACGGAGGGGCUGUCCCUCUGAGGUACCGUGUGGACACAGAGCCCCUUGAGCAGCUGACGGCUGAUAACUUUGGUCACCCCGUGCUGCAGUGUCUCAACCCCCAGGGAGAGGUGACGCCUGGCAGGACAGCCCUGCUGGAGUGGGUCCUCUCCCCCCUGGAGGCCAAGACUUACAGUGUGGACAUCUCUAUCCAUGUGCUGGAGGGAGACACCAUGCUGUUGACGUUUGAAGGCUGUGGGUUUGAUAACAGUGUGCUGGGAGAGUCGGCACCACUACAGCUUCAUGAUGGCUACAUGUCUGUCCCCAGCACACAGAGGAUGGCCCUGCCCAACCAGGUGCUGUUCCUGUCAGAGGAGAGAUUGUGUCUUGGGGACAUCCCAGUCUGCUCUCGCUCCACACGGGUCCUGUUCCUGACGAAUGUCUCCCACAGCGACAGAGUCCUCUACAACUGGAACCUGACUGACCAGUCAGUCCAGAUCUACCCAGAGCACGGUGCUCUGUCUCCAGGGGAGAGCUCUCUCUGUAUCCUGACUCUCCAGGCCUCUGGCAGCCCCAGCUUCUACCAGCUAGACAUCAUCUGUGAGGUGACCCUGGAGGAGGCUCUGUCUCAGUACCGUCAGGAUCUACGGCAGUGGGAGCUGGAGAGAGACAGACAGAGGAAUGAGUUUAGCCUGACUGACAAAGACCUGCAGCAGAGUCAGACCAGCUACCCCCAGGGUCAUACACAGAGUCAGACCAGCUACCCCCAGGGUCAAACACAGAGUCAGACCAGCUACCCCCAGGGUCAUACACAGAGUCAGAUCAGCUACCCCCAGGGUCAUACACAGAGUCAAACACAGGAGAGCAACAUUAAGGAGGUUCUACCUUCCCCACAGAGGACUGGACCUGUAGUCAGGAAGUACAAGACUCUGCCUCCUAUCUGUAGCAGCAGUGCCGUGGUUGGGGGUAUGUGUACCAGGCCCAGCCGUGCAGAGCGGAGGGCCCAGAGAGAGGCUAGCCAGGUAUGGAGGAGACCUGAACCGCCCUGCCCCACCCUGCUACACCUGGGGGUCACCGCCCGCUCACACUCCCUCCUAGAGUUCCAGACCUUCUUCCCCUCCCUGCUCAGCACACACCACAUCAACAGGUCGGCCCGGCCCAAUGUGACCCGUUGUGGAUCCCGUCAGAGCAGACCUCCAUCUGUAGACAUGCCUCCUCUCAGCCACGGACCAGAGAGAGAGAUCAUUACCCACACGCUCACCUCUAUAUUCAGGAGCCUCCUGGACGACCCUCACUUCCACCACUCUCUGGUGAACGGUGUGGCUGAACCCGUGCCCUACUUCACCCAGCUGAGACAGACUGCCUACACCCCUACCACACCUCUCCCUGGGGCUGCUACGCCUUAUCCUGGAACCAGGGAGGCUCCUCCACCUUGCCCCCCUACUCCUCAGCUCCUCAUGGGGGGCAGUCUGUACAGUGCUGGGGUAACAGAGGUAACAAAGCAACAGCCACAGACCCAGAAGCCAACAGUGAAGCGAGAGCGUCAGCUCAACGUUCAGGAGACCAUCCGCAGGUUGCCAGAGUUCUGUGACGUGACAGAGGAGGUUCUCCUCAACACCUUACAGAACCUGAUGAUGGAGGCCUUCCUGGGAGAGCUGGUCCUUACAGCCAGGCCACGAAUCAUCGCUCUGCCUCCCGUCUCUGCCAGGAGGAACAGCUGUGGUUCCAGGAGGCUGUCCAGAGGUGGAGCUGACCCAGACAGGAGCAGAGAGACCAGGGGGGGUUCCUCUGGGUCUUAGCUUCAGCCCACCCUCUUCACUACUGGCCAACCUGGCAUGGACCUAACCAGUGUUUUACUCCACACAAUGCCUCAACAUUAUUUCAUACCCAAUUAAUAACUAUUAAAAAUAAAAAAAAAGUUCAACAAAAGUUGAUUUGACCAUUUUAAAAUAGCGAUUCACGUCUCGAUGCCCUGAUCUACAGUGUGAUUAGUACUUUCACACCCUCAUUUACCUGAUAGUAUCUCUGUGAAGCACUGGACAGUUUCACUUCACUAUAUCUAGCCUUUAUACUAAACCCAAAACAUUGACAACAGACCAUUCCAAAAACACAUUUUUUGUUUAUUAAAAAGGAAUUCAGUCCACAGUAGUUAAGACUUUGGCACCUACAAUAUAUAUAUAUAAAAAAAAAAUAACAAAAACGUGUACACCCCAAAUAGCAUUAAAACAAAAUGCUUGGACAAAAGAGAUAAAUUAAAAACAGCAGUUGAGGUGGGUAUGAAACAAUGCAACUCAACUGGCAGCCAUUUUAGAGCUUCCGUUCACAAAAAUGGCAGAAGUACAUGAACACAACAGAUACAAUUCUGGACAUUGAAUGAACACCCACUUGCAGUGUACCUCUGUGAUACAACUCUUGCAUUAAAGCAGUGGUAUUCAGCGGGGACCCCAUUCCCCCCCCCCCCCCACCCCCCGAUUGAAUUUCUGGGGACCAAAUUUCUUAUGAUCCCACCCCAUAUCAAAUAACAACCUUCAAAAAAAAAAAUAUUCUACAUAAACGUCUUCUCAAAAAUGAAAAGAAACCAAUAAAUACAUUUACUCAAUAACAUUUUAUUUUUCUAAUUAUUUCUCAAAAACGUUUGUAUAAUGUCCCAUACAAUAAUCUGUACUCUUGGUUUCUGGUUCUUCAUUUUUAAAAUAUAUAUAUAUAUAUAUAUAUAUAUAUAUAAAAAUGGCGACCCCACUCAGACCACGACUUUGAAUACCACUGCAUUAAAGACCUUGGUUUUAAAAAGGAAUGUUUUUUUUGUUUUUUUGUUAGACUGGUAGUUGAAGUCUCCAAAGAGAUUUGAAAUGCAUGAAGACAAGGUGCUCAUGCGAGACCUCUGUAUCCAAGUGGUUCACCAUAUAGGGAAUAGGGUUAUACGUCAAAACAGCGAUCUUAUUUCUCUGUAGAACCAUUUGAGCUCGGACGGGAUCGGUUGGAAAUAUUAUCCAUUCCAGAUAAGUCACGAUGCCGGCAAGAGUUUCCCCCAUAUUGUAAACUUCUGAAUGGGGUAAAAUCUCACAUCAGAGAGAGAAAGCUCUGGUUCGGGCAGCACAGAGUAGAAACAGAGUAGGCUACAGGAGGAUUAGGAACAGCACAGAGUAGGAACAGAGUAGGCUACAGGAGGAAUGGCAACAGCACAGAGUAGAAACAGAGUAGGCUACAGGAGGAAUGGCAACAGCACAGAGUAGAAACAGAGUAGGCUACAGGAGGAUUAGGAACAGCACAGAGUAGAAACAGAGUAGGCUACAGGAGGAAUGGCAACAGCACAGAGUAGAAACAGAGUAGGCUACAGGAGGAAUGGCAACAGCACAGAGUAGGAACAGAGUAGGCUACAGGAGGAUUAGGAACAGCACAGAGUAGGAACAGAGUAGGCUACAGGAGGAUUGGGAACAGCACAGAGUAGAAACAGAGUAGGCUACAGGAGGAAUGGCAACAGCACAGAGUAGAAACAGAGUAGGCACAGGAGGAAUACUGAACGGCUUUAGAACCUUUACAGAUUUUCCAUUUUCUCUUUUCAUGGGAAUGUCUCGAAGGACUAGGUAGGACAACGGAACCAAACAUUAAAAUAUAAAAGACCCUUUCUUUGCCUUGGGGGGGGGGGGGUAUUUUGAAGUGACGCUAUAGAAAGGAGUGGCAAUGUGGAGAAGCAGCAGGAUGGUGGUUAAUUGGUCAGACCAGACCACUGAUCAAGGUUAGUGAAUGACAGGAACAGGAAGGCAGCACGUAGUUGACACUUCCUACAGUAAUAUGUUCCAUGGAGUACUUCUGUGACGGCACGGGAAGACAUCGCCAUAAAAAUACAAGUCUAUAAGAAUUCAAUAGGAAUUAUAUUUCCAUGGGCGACACAUAGGAAGUCCCACCAAGUUGACUACUU